AUGUCAGGAGUUGGAUCUACAUCAAAUGCGUCUAUUCAUCGUAAUGCAAAUGAUGAUGGAAAAAGUAGAAGUCGUUAUUUUUUACAUCAUCAUGGCCCAGAUCAUUCUCAAGGACGAUCUUUGAGCUCCUUCAAGCAGCAUAUGUCUAGUAGUGCGUUAGGUCAUUUAAUAUCAAAUGCUAGUCAAAAACAUCUAUCUCGACAACAUAAGACAACUCAUCGAUUUAAAUACUCCAGUGCUGGUAGUCUGUCACAUAAUCAAGUACAUUCACAUAAGGAAAGCAAUAAUCAUUACAAAACUGAUGAUAGAGUUUUUGAAGUUCUUCUAAAAGGACAUGUUUUUGUACGUGCAACUUGUUCACGACUUCGAGAUCUGUGCGAAUUCUGUCUACAUUCAGUUCAUGGUCACUCAUAUUUGUAUUGCAGAAAUUGUCCCGUCGUAAUUCACAAUAAAGAUAUUUGUCAAGAGCAUCUUACCAGAGUGUGUCCUGCUCCAGAAAUAGGAGUUACAGGAUGGGGUGAAGGAAAUUAUUCAAUUAAAUUUGAAGAAAGCUCAUUAAUAGAUUUAGAAGCAGUAUUCCUUUCAGCACUACCUGGCCUUCAGUCUAAUAAAUGUUUCGAAUGUGGAUGUGUAUUAGAUUCACACAGCGGACAUGAACUUAAAACAAAUAAUAAAAUGAAUGAAAAUAAUAUUUCAUCUAAUAAUAAUAAUAAUAAUAAUCACAAAUCAAUGAAACGUCAGAAAUCACACAAAGAAGUAUUUUCACACUUACGACGUGUUCGUUCUCAUCAUCAGUUCAGUCAAAUCGACAUUACUCCACAAGCUACAACUAUGCGUAUUUGUCAUAUGACUGGAAAAUAUUAUUGCGAACGUUGUCACUGGGAUGACACUUGGUAUGUACCAGGUUCAAUAUUCCUCCUAAACGAUACAUCUAAACAACCUGUUUGUCGUUCAGUCUACAUUAAAUUGUGCGUUAUUUGGGAUUCUUUGAUAUUGAAAGUUCCAGCUUAUUGGCAUCGAGAUAACCUUGAGGCUGGGAAGGUUUACGAGAUUCGCACCAAAUUACAACCACUUUUACGCUACGCAAUGUUAUGUCCAGAGGCUUCUUCCAUAAAGGCUAGUGCUGAACUUUCCGGACCAAGCUAUUUGUUGGGUAAUCCUGAUUAUUUUCGUAUGUGUGAUGUCCUUGAUGUACUCAAUGGAACACUUUAUUCUAGAUUAAAGGAGUAUCUGAAAAUUUGGUUUGAGCAUAAAACACACUGUGAAAUUUGUAAUGAUACCGGAAAAUCUAUUGAAACGGAUGAUGCAAUAUGGCUUGGUAACAAGCCAUCAUAA